AUAGUGGCGUGGCCAACUUCAGGCUGUGAUAGUGGACUAAGCAAUAUACGUUUUGUCUUGUAGUUCUGUUACUUUGUUUAUUGUAAUGACGCCACGAUACCCGCUGAUGGCUUUGUGAAUCGGCAUUCGGUUUUCUGGACUUCGUACCGUUAGCGGGAAAACAUCUCAGGCCAGCGGUAUUGCUGCAAGUGGCGCCAUUGUUCUCUGGUCAGUAGCAAUUCAAGGCAGCCAAUCAGCCAUGUUUACUUUCCAGUGGGGUGUGUAGACCCAUAGUGGGGUGGUUUAUCAUCCCAUGAAAACACACAGUUUCAGAAUGGGAUGGAGCCUCUGUGUAGUCCAUCUGCAUAAUUAGAUGAAAAAUAGAUGUUGGCAUCUUAGUGUUAAAACACAUGUGGACAUGGAUAAAUAUGAAGAAACAGGAAUGACGAUUAUAUACUAUAGAUAUUUCUUAUAUUAGUAUGUGUGCUUGAGUUAUUGCAGACUUAUAUCAAGGUAGCAUUGUCAAUAAACAACAAUGCCACACAUGAGUAUUAUUCACUAGAACUAUUUUAUGGAACUUUUAUGCCAUUUGGAAAGCCACUUUGAAACUGCUCUUAGCUAGAAGUUGUUUGGACAUGAAGAAUAAACGGAAAGUUGCUGUACUAGCUCACUCCAGCAUUCCACAUUACCGAACAUCUCGUGAGCUAGAAUCAAUGAUUUUUAACUUAUGCUCUUCAUUGCCGUCAUGUUUCACAUGCUGAGGAUUAGAGUAGCAUGAAGUAUCCACAGCUGGUGUCAAUGCCCUCUACUGUCCAGGACUGGCUUGACGAGCAGCUUGAAGCUCGUGGCAUUGAUGCAGUGGUUUAUACCCGCUACAUCUUCAGUCUUCUGCAAAGAGAUACCUUGGACUUGUCUGACGAUCUCCUUACUCUUUCUUCUAGCAAGAGCAAGGAGGUUGGUCGUCGAGGCCGCAAACGUGGCCGGAGGGAAGAAUACUGGGAUGUUUGGGACUGUGAGCAACUCAAGCGCUCUGCUGCUGUGGAAUGCCUCAUGUCUGCUUCUGAUCAGAAAUUUGGAAUUGAGAAACUGGUUGAUGAACUUUGUGCAAAAUUAAAGGAAAUACAGAGCGAAGGUGAGAACCAUAAUCACUCCACUCCAUCCUUGCCUUCAGUCAGUGAGCCUCAGUCACAAUCACCAAGUGAUCUAGUGCAGAAGUAUUAUGCUGCUUUUCCACCUCUAACCAGGUGUAGUGAUUCCAGUAUUAAACCACCAGUUUUAAGCUCAGAUCUUUCUUCAGCUUGGGGAAAUAAGAAAAUUUUAGCAAAUUCUUUUGGAAAAAAUAAACUCCAGAUAAGUAUUUCACCAAAAAGUGGUAAAACAUUGGGUGCUACAAAUUGUGCUGAGAACAAAGAGAACCAGGGGAGAAAUGUUGAUAGUUUGUCAAAUGGUAUAAGAUCUAGAAACCAAAUCAAGGACAAGGACUGGACCGACAAUGCAGAGAAAGAACUGGUUUGUCCUUUUUCAUGGAGUUUUACAGGAGUGUGGAGUAAUGAAAACACAGACUUAAAUGCAUUUGCUCCCAGCGUAAAAGCUAUAGCGACAGGAUGGAGAAUAUCAAAAUACAAUAGGCAAAACCAAGGGGAACCACAGGGGACACUAUCUUUGGAAGACACACUGAGCAUGGAAGGAGAAAUGUGGAAUAUUGGUUCAUGCAAUUUUUAUGGCCAUCACGUGCAGAAUGAAUUAACAGAAGACAUGGGAAAUGAAAGUGAAAGAAUACAGGAUUAUGAGGGUGAGUCAGGCCAGAAUGUGGAUGAAAAUUUGGCCCAACUAAUUGCGAAAUUUGACCACAGUAUAGAAGCUUUGUGGAGUCCAGAGAGUAGGUCUGAAAAUUCAUCACCAAGUAACAGGGUAAUUGGAUCUGAAACACCAUUGGAGAACACUUUCAUUACUUGUGCUGAACAAGAAAACUCGGGAAGUAAGAAUUUACCUGUUGGGAGCUUAAACACUUCUUUCAUACGUUGUGGUACGAAUAUUAAAAGCUCUAUAUGGUCAAGUCAGCCAUCUGAUACAGUACCUCUGGCCACAGAUGAAAACAAGGUGGACUUAGUAGAACAAGAAAAUGUAAGCAGUUGUCUUGUUAGUGACAGAGAGAACAAUGAUGAAAGUCAGUACAUUGACAAAACCAAGCAGGAUGUUGAUAACCUUGAUGCAGUAAUUAAUGGCACAGAAAAAGUAGUGGGAAGUAAAUCAAAUAAAUUAGGAGAUCAAGUAUGUAAGAAGAACAUAGCUCCCAAAAACUAUUUUCCAUUCUUGAAACUUGGAAGUAACAUGGCUGCUGGAAAUGUGAAAAUGGAGAUGGGAAGAUCAGAAUGGAAUAAGUUUGAUGGAUUUUCAUCAAUGGCACCUGUUUUACCAUUGGAAGAAUGCCUACAUCCUGAAAGACCAAAUAAUGUCUGGAAUAGAAGAUGGCCAACUACUGAGAGUUCAAACAUACUAACAAACAACUUCCCACAUUAUAAUAUGUUUCCAAAUUGCAGCAGUUUUUCAGAUGGUAGUUUUGGGACAUUGAAUCAUAAUAGAGAGGAUAGUAGUUUCACAGAAGUAGUUCCAAAACAGUCAUUUUGCAAUUUUGCUUCAGAUAAUAAAUUUGUUGCUGUUCCGCCCAGUACAGUUCUUAAACACUCUGAUGGAAUUUAUAAUGUAGCAACAGAAGGUAGAAAAACAAAUGAAGUGACAGAUAAUGUUAAGGACAAGGAAGAAGAAGAUUUACUUACUUCUACCAGAACACACUUUCGUCCAAUACGACAGGAGAGCUCAGACUCCCAUAACAAUAACACGGGAUGCUAUGCUGAUGGGACAACUUUUGUAAUCCCUAACAGUUUGGAGUCUGUUCCUUUCAAAAGAAGUGAAAGUGGUGCUCUGUAUUUGGAAACAGAUUUAGGCAUAGAGACUCCAAAAAAGUACAUGGAGUACAAAGAGAAAGAACUUUAUAGUGGAAGGCAUAAGGCUGCAAGAAGCCCUGAUAGUGUAACAUCAGCAGGAAAAGAUUUUGUACCAAAAUUUAGAGUACGUCAGAUUGAAAAAUGUUGCCAGACAGAGGCAUCUGAUGAAAAUGCUACAAGUGAUGAGGAAGUUGAUACUAAAAGAAGCAGGCAAGAGUCAAAAGAAAAUGAAUUUUACUUCCCAGGAGAUGAACAUUUUGCUGAAAAGAUUGUUAACUGUUUGGAAAUUGAUGACGAUCAUGUUGACCAUACAUUGGAGAGCAAACAGCCAUUUUCUAUGCUAUUCACAAGCAACAAUACCAAUGACAGUAAGUUAACACCGCUGAUGAAACAAAGUGAGCAGUAUCAGGCCAUGAGAACAUCAGAGAAUGUGUCUGUAUCAUCAGAGGAAAUGUCAUAUCGGUGGAGUGCUGCUGUAAAGAAUUGUUGCAAAUGCAACCGUAACAGUACUGCGUGGAAAACAGGUUGGCUGAAAGAAUCGCAUGGCUUACCUAUGUCUCGGGAUGAAAUUUGGAGCGCAUCAGUAUCCACCAUUCAGUCACAUGCCUGGUAUGAUAUUUGGAGUGGUACUUAUGAUGGUACUGGAGACACUUGUAAGAAGUGUGCUGGUGUAGAUCACACUGCAUCACAGGACAUGAAUCCUGAGCACAUGAAGCUACGUGAAGAACUUAGUCUGGACGGAGAGCAACUGCUUUCUGAUUUACGCUAUGUGCAACAUUUGUACCAAGGAUCAGACUCGAAUGACUCUGGAGCUGGUUGCACCGAGAAGAUGCAGUGCCUUUCUCCAUCAUCAGAAACAGAAGCAAGCAAUGACGUCCAAUUGUACGAUGACUCAGAUUUUGGUGUCAGUCAAGCAGCACCUAUGCACUGUAGCCCCAGUCAAAAUGGGCUUGAUGGGAAGGAAAAUGAGUCAUUUGAAGAUUUUGGUGCAACAAACUCUCGGAGGAUGCUGUCGAAUAAGGUUCUGUUAUCCAUGGAAGUGGGUGCAGAAAAGAAAAUGAACGAACGACCCUUCAGUCUAAAAAUGCCAGCAAAAGACAGAAAAAGGCGGCAUUCCGGGUGCCUGCGACAGGUCAGCGACAAUCAGCAUUUUGAAGCCCCAAGCACUGGCUUCCCUGCUGGACGUGAACCUUCUGCUGCCAUGGGGUGCCGUCUUCGGACCAUACCGGACACAACUCGCUUGAAGGGAUCCUGUGUCCCCCGUUCGCUUCGUCCUGUUACCUUGUGAACCUGAUACCAGGGUAAUAGGUGGUACUAGAUCAAUUAAAAUUAUUUUAUGUUGUGGAUUUCAUUCUGUGUGUGUGUGUGUGUGUGUGUGUGUGUGUGUGUGUGUGUGUGUGUGUGUGUGUGUGUACAACUAUAACGUGUGAAUAUCUGACACACGCUUCACAGUUUAAAUUUCUUUCUUCGAUGUGAGGCUGCUUUAAAAUCUGUAUUGGACGGAGUACAGUUAUCACUGUUAUCUUUUAGAGCAUAUAGUCCUGUCUGUUUUGAGAAAUAUUGAUGUUUCAUCAUAGCAGCUGGAAUUGUGCAAUGUGCCAAGUGCUGGGAGAAAUAAUUUGUAUGCAGCCCAUUGAAGCAAUUGCAUGGUGUGAUAUCUGUUUAAAAAAAUUAGAACAAGUGGUAAUUGGAAAAUAUAAGCACAUUAUUAACUGUUAAUUGGAUAUUUUUCCUUGCCAGUGACAGUACAUUUCCCUUGUUUUUAGAAAAGGGAAGUUAGUAACCAUGAGAAUAUUUCAUUAGGAAUGAGAAUGAGUAGCAUCUUUGUGUAUAUAGUUACUACAUACUAAUUUAUAAGACUGUACAUUGUCUUCAGAAUCUACAGUCAUAUAAAUGCAUUGAAUUACAUAAUUUUUCAAGCUAAUAACACUGGAACAGCUGCCAUUGGCAUGGAAAAAUACUUGACACUAACAUAUGAUCAAUUAUUUACGGAAAGCAAUCAUUGUAAUCUGUUAAAAUGUACUGAAGAAAAUUGAUUUAUACAUAUUCUGUUUAUUGUGUUAAUGUAAAAUCAUUGUUUGUGUAUGGCACUGCUGAUGAAAUAGUUUAGUAGUGGAAAUCAUCAGCAGUACAAGUACUAGUAGGGUACUGGUAAACAUGUUCCAGUGAAUCCUACAUAUUUAUCUCAUACAUAAAUAUUUUUGUGUCAACUUGUGCUCACAUUUAUGAGAAGAAAAGAAAUGAGCAUAGUAGCUGGUGCAUAUGAAUCAUUGUUAUUUAUGUAUAUCAUAUAUUUCACUGCACCACAUUGUAAAUGUUAUCUGUUAUAUUUAUCACAUAGUGUUGGAGGUUUCCCAUUGGCAAGUGUCAGAAUACACCUACACUUAGAACAAUCUUAAAAACUUAUUUGUAUAUGUCCACUUAAAAAAAAAAAAAUCAUUAGUGUGACUAAAAAAUGCAUAUGUUGGAGGGCAAUUACUUUUUUUAAGAUUGCUCUUAAUUUUUCAUUGGACUUACUUGGAGCUCAUGUUGUAACAGAAAAUUCUGUCACGUGCUGUUAGACAUCUUCAUUUUUUCUUUGUUAGAGAUCUUGUUUUAGUUGUUGCUGCAACUUGACUGUUACCAGGAUGUUUUAAGAGUGGUUGAAUUACAACUAAUAGUGUAAUUGUAUUCUGACAGAUGUUUGGGAUUUUGUAUUCUAAUUGUCAGUCAUUUGUUUUCUGUAAUAUUGUGAGGAUUGUGUUAUAGUUUCUGUCCUGACGUUAUAGAAUUUUUUAAGGCAAUUUAAAAAUUUGUGCAACUAAGUGGUACCAUUCUGUUUUAUCCUAUAUUUUGGAUAUUCUGCAUCUUAACUUCCAAGCUCGCUUUAUUGUUCCACCUAAGUGUACCAUCAGAGACAUUAAUUUUUUUUUUCCUUGCUAGACUUGGCUAAAUCCUUACUCCACUCUACUUUAUGGCACAUUACCAGACAUCUGUAGAGAAACAUUUGUUUGUUGAAAACUCACUUUUAACAGUCGAUGCAAAUAUUACAGCAGAGAUGUGCAAAAAAGUAGUAGUUUAAUGUUCUUUUGCAAUGAAAUAUUUAUCAUAUUUAUUUUUCUGUGUGAAAUCUAAAUUCACUCCUUUUUCUUCAUAAUCUCAUUAUGUAUAAGAUUUGGCACUCUGAUUUGUUUCCUUGUAGUUUGGUAAUCUGUAUUACCAUUCAGGGUCAGUGUUGAGUAGAAGCUUCAGAUUGAUAUCUGACAGUUCAUGAAAUUGCACUGUUGUUUAAUCUUCUGUAUAUAUGUUAAUCCAGUAUAAUGUAAUAAUAAGAUCUAAUGUGAUAUGUGGCUGUAGAUGGCUUCUGUAGUGUGUUAGUAAAUCAUAAAACUACAAAUGAUUGCUUAAGGAAAAUCAUCCAAUGUGUACAUUUGCAGCCACAUUUCACAAGUUAAUAAUUUACUUUGUGGAAACCAUGGAACAUAAUGUAUGUUGAAAUUUCCCUCUAGGGGUAACUUAUCUCCUGCUUGGUUUCUCUGUCUCUGUAAGCGAGUGAGAGGGAGAGAGGGGGACAUGCAGGCAGUUAGUAUUCACAUACGCGUAUCUUGAGAUUAUUUUGUAACUUAAUUCAGGAUAGUACUGGAUUCUCCUAUUGGCAAAUAUUUCUUAACCUCUGCCACAUUUUCUCAUGUUUUUGUGUGUGUUCCAUGGUUUCAGAGAGAGGUAGAGAUGGGAGGGGACAUGAAAAGUGUCUCCUUUGUUGUUUAGAUUGUUGAGGAAAAGGAGGAAGAAACUAGUAGUGUGUGUGUGUGUGUGUGUGUGUGUGUGUGUGUGUGUGUGUGUGUGAGAGAGAGAGAGAGAGAGAGAGAGAGAGAGAGAGAGAGAGAGAGAGAGAGAGAUGUAUUUGGUACAUAUGAAAUUGUAUAAUGUUAAUAAUAUAAGCCAGGUUAUCAUGGCAUUUAGCAAGCCCACCAAAUACAUUGUGAGACCUGCCUUGUGGCUAGAGGGCUUGCUGCAACAGUAGAAUGAAUUUUUGUCCCAUCGCUGUGAUGCAUUACUAACUUGCAUUUUUUGGUGACAUUGUUGGGAAUUCAAUGUUUUGAUAGGUAUCAGAUUAACCUGCGUACUAAGAAAACUUUGGUUUUUAACAACCAGUAGUUAUUCUUCACCAUUUAGCUAAUGGUCUAUGGUACGUUUGAAAUUCACAAAUUGUCGGGGUUCUGUAGAAGCAGGCCAGUAUUUGAUUGUCACCAGAGCCCACUCUUUUGUUUUCUUUUUUUCAUUGAAAGCAGUUUCAAAUCAGAAGCAAACAAAAAAAUUUCUUUUUGAAGAAUUUGUUUGGGUGUUAGCUUCUAAUGUAAAAUCGUUAUAUUUAAUGAGUCUGAAAAUUUUCCUUUCCUAAAUUUCUUAAAAUGAUAUAAACUGUUUUAGGCUACAAUUGUAAUUGUCUUAUCAGUAACAAAUAAACUGCUGUUGAAUUAAAAAUUUUCCUACCUGAAAUUAAAUGGGAAAAAUGUUGAAGAAAAGCAAUAAUCAUUUGUUUUUCAAGUGUAUGGAAGAAAGUAAAUUACCUGUCAGUCAGUUUAAAAGAAAAGUCUGGAUUGCUUAACAGGCUUAUUGAAAUUUUGUCUUAUUUUAAAAUAUAUUUCAUUUCCUGUAUGUUGUUGGAUGUGUUAGUCAGGGGCCUGUGCAUAAUAAAAAUGGCUUCUUGUUACGUGUGGAAGCCUAAUAUUGCAUCUUACAGGUAACAUUCUCUUUGAAUUCCACUCCAACUGCAGCCAGGAAUGUUAUUUUGCUUUGGAAUUUCUUUUUGGGUUAUGAGAAAAUUAACAUAAUUGUUAAAAUGUAUCAUUGUGCUACAAUGCAGGAAAAAUAAAUAAAUUCUGUUACA